AUGCACGUGCGGCUCGCACUGCGCCGCUCCAGCAGCUCAGGCAUUCGCCGGCGCUCCAAUGCAUUGCAACCUCAUUCUGUAGCCAUGUUGGACACUGUGCGAUCACCAGGUCGCUGUCGUUUCGCUUUCAGUGCGGCGUACCCUACGCCCAUUGAGUCGGCUGCAUUGGCCGCUAGCAGUGAUAAAAAACCCAUGCCCCGUCUGGUCUGUGGCAAAUGCAACGCGACGUUAAGUGCGACAAAGGACCUGGUUUUUUUCCGAUGGCGCAACGGUAUCCACGUCUCGAAUGCAACGGAUGAGUCGCUGAAGAAUUUGUUCCCAGAAAACGCGGUCGAAGAAGACGAUACAAGCUGGAAAAAGCACAAGAUGCUCUGUAUCAAGUGCAAUCAUCAAGUGGGGACCUUGGCUCGGGUCUUUUCCUCCGACCGAGUGCUAUUCAGUGCCGCUCGCGUGGCCAUCCAAAUGUCCGAAGCUCAGUCGCCUCUGCUGUCAUUGUCCGGAUACCCGUCCUCGGUGUUGAGCUUUGCAAUGUGGUCCGAGUUGAUCUUGAUCGCAGAGACGCAGCCACAACUCAAGGGCUUGCUGCAGAUCCGCAGAGUGGACACGAUCCAGCAGCACUCGACCGAUACAGCAAAACUGAACCGCAAAAUUCUCAUGGCAAAGGAUUUGCAAGAACUGCUACGCGUCGUGGACGAGAACGUGCUUGAGCUGAAUCAGUACAAUAUUCGGACGGCAAUCGAUCGAGCAGGCCGAUUCGUGGCAACGAGAACGUCUCGAGUAGACUUGCCGGCAGUCAGCAGCAGCAACAGCUUGAACAAAUCUGAAGCGCCAGAAGAUGAGUUGCUAGUAGUUCCGUCGCCAAAUCUGUCCCCGAGAUUGUCGACUAAACCUACUGCCUUGGAUACGAAACGGUUCUGGAAUCUAAUUGAUGAGACUGAAAAGCUGGUAAACUUUGGCAUUGCCGCCUUCAAAACUGGCCAAGCGCUUUCCAAUCUUACGACUGCGCUGAUGCGUCUCGGUGUGGGGCGCGCGACAAUUCUGCAACCAGUGGCUGCGCAGGCUGUAUUCCUGAUGCAAGCUGACAAGCCAAGAAUGAGCGCACACGAAGCCUGCAUGGUUGCCACAGCAAUCGUGCAUUUGCUGCCAAGGGAGCGUCGGAGAAAUGAUUGGGUCUUGGACACUUUGCAGGCAACCAGCAAGAUGGUGAUGUCUGAGCUUGACGGGGAGAACGCAAGUGUCGAGGACAAACAGCGAGCCGCUGAAGUGCUCAUCCCGCUGGCUCGAUCCUUCCUAUUUGCCGAAAGCUUCGACAAUGCUUUGUUCCGACGAGCCUUUCGCGAGAUGAACUCCCGGGCACUGACCAAGCUCAACUUGCCUCCGCACAAACUUCGGGUACUCAUGUCGAAGGCGUACCAAGUUCAUCUGGACUGUGAACUAAACGGCCGAUCGAGCGAUUUACGCUUGUCGCCGGCUUUCGAAGAUGAGUGCAAGCAAGCGUUUGACGCUCAUCAGAGGAAGAGCAAGAGCUCGUCGUAUCGCUUGCACCAUCUUGUCUGCACGGCACUAGACGAGCUCGGGAUUGCCAAUGAAACUUCAUACGGUGUGGAGACGAGCUACCAUUUUGAUGUAGCGGCACCGAAGCAGAGAAUCGCGAUUGAGAUCAACCAGUCCGAUUGCUACGGGGUACUCGAGCCGGGCGACGAAGACGAGGAGCCGAAAACCUUUGGCUUUGUGGAUCUCAAGACACGCCACCUGAAGCUCUUAGGCUGGACGGUUAUCAACCUGCAUGCCGACCGGUUUUUGCAGCGCAAGACCCUGGAGGACCGCGUGAUGUACCUGAGCAUGCUGCUGGAAAUCGUCACAUGUCGUGAGUGGAAGCCUACGCAAUUGAACCGAAGUGGUAGUCGAUCCAAACAACCAAGUAUUAGAUAG